AUGGGCUCUUUGCACAUAUCUCCACGUACGGAUAUUAUUAUGAAGCCACAGCUGCUCCAUGGCGAGCAGGAUGGCAAAACUGGCGGGAAUGGAUUGCGAGGGUCCUAUACAGAUGACAUCGAGGCUAUCAGGGAGCGAGAGUAUCCGUGUCUGAAAGGAACAACCUAUCUUGACCAUGCAGGAACAACUUUGUAUCCGAUCUCCCUCAUCGAUGCGUUUUCGCGAGAAAUGACUACCAAUCUUUUUGGAAACCCUCAUUCAGCAUCCUCAUCUUCACAGCUCUCCACACGGCGGGUGGAUGAUGCGAGGAUACGGGUUCUCCAGUUCUUUAACGCCAGUCCCGAUCAUUUUGACGUUGUAUUUGUGGCUAAUGCGACGGCUGGCAUCAAACUUGUUGCAGAUGCGCUCAGAGACUGUGAUGGAGGCGGAUUCUGGUAUGGGUACCAUGUGGAUGCGCAUACGAGCUUGGUUGGAGUUAGGGAGUUGGCGGCACGGGGACGGAGAUGCUUCGUGGACGAUAAUGAGGUUGAGGACUGGAUAUCUGACCAACAUUCGUCGAUAAUGCGAAGACCACCCCAAGGUCCUACGCUGUUCGCAUAUCCGGCUCAAUCAAACAUGACAGGACGACGUCUACCUCUUGACUGGUGUCGAAAGUUACGAGUGUGUAACAACUCGAACAAAACCAGAAACAUCUACACUCUUCUAGACGCGGCAUCUCUUGUCUCAACGUCGCCAUUAGAUCUUAGCGAUCCCGAAUCUGCUCCCGAUUUUACGACCCUCAGUUUCUACAAAAUAUUUGGAUUUCCUGAUCUUGGUGCUCUUAUCGUUCGCAAAGCCUCUGGCCAUAUCUUCAAUAAGCGAAGGUACUUUGGAGGGGGCACAGUGGGCAUGGUUACGAGUCUCGAAAAUCAGUGGCACGCAAAAAAGUCAACUUCUAUCCACGAUAAACUCGAGGAUGGUACCUUGCCUUUUCAUAGCAUCAUAGCCUUGCAUUCGGCCGUUGACGUGCAUCAGCGAAUUUAUGGAUCCAUGGAAAAUAUUUCUCGCCACACUGGUGCCCUCGCGAAAUUGUUAUAUGACCGUUUAUCAUCGAAGAGGCAUGCAAACGGAACCUUGGUUUGCGAAAUGUACAAACAUCAGGAGUCUAGUUAUGAAGACCGGACUACACAGGGUCCUAUAGUUUCGUUCAACAUGAAGAACAACAAGGGUGAAUGGGUGGGAAAGUCAGAGGUUGAGAAACUUGCUGCUGUGAAAGGCAUCCAAAUCCGCUCCGGGACACUAUGCAAUCCAGGUGGAAUGGCAUACCACCUUGGAUUGAAAGUUGAGGAAAUGAAAAGAAAUUACAACGCUGGUCAACGUUGCGGAGAUGAUAAUGAUAUCAUCGGGGGCAAGCCAACUGGAGGCUUAAGAGUUAGUCUUGGCGCCAUGAGCUCUAUUGGCGAUGUCAAUAAAUUCCUCGAUUUCAUCGAGGUGUUUUACGUGGACAAGUCUAAUUACGAUGCUCCUUCUGUUUCCCAUGGUUUUGCGCAAGGGGAGGGGCUUCCAACUUCAAGAUUUUUCGUUGACAGGCUCUGCGUGUACCCAAUCAAAAGCUGUGGUGCAUUCACAAUCCCCAAAGACAAGCAAUGGGAAAUUAAACCAGAAGGUUUAGCGUGGGAUAGAGAAUGGUGUUUGGUACACCAGGGUACCGGGGUAGCUCUGAGCCUGAAAAAAUAUCCUCGAAUGGCCCUUAUCCGUCCUGUAAUUGAUCUUGAACAAGGUGUUCUGCGAAUUUCUCGUGGGAUGCUAGGAACGGAUCCCCAUUGCCUAGAACUACCACUAUUAAGGGAAUCGGAUGAUAUAACGACAAGGGAACUUUGUGAAAAUUCUGUGAAGAAAUCCUCUACGGUGUGUGGGGAUCAGGUGACUUUGCAGAUAUAUUCAUCGCCCGUCUUUUCGGCAUUCUUUUCAGACUUUCUCGAAGUUCCUUGCACACUUGCUAGGUUCCCUGCGAAUUCAUCUAUCCGAUACUCAAAAUCGCAACCACGUUACCAAAAAUCCUCUGAAACCAGUCCACUCUCCAUUAAUAUGCCAGGCGCUUUCCCCCACACCACAUCUUCCCCCACACUUUCAUCUCCACUGCAAAAAAAUCCUAUUCUCUUGUCAAACGAAAGCCCUAUUCUGCUAAUCUCCCGAUCCAGUGUAAACAGACUCAACGAAACUAUUAAAUCCUCCGGAAAGUACACAUCUACGGGUACUAAGGCUGUUGCUGCUGAUGUAUUCCGGGCAAACAUAAUUGUUGCAGAAAAUCCAGUUGCGGUACAUCAAAGUGGCAACAGCAACAACGGGGUUCCGAUAUCUACACCAACCUUAAAUGCUGAACAUCCGUACAUUGAGGACGCAUGGACCGGUUUCCGGAUAAGGGGCCAUAUAUUUGACAUCUUGGGCUCGUGCCAACGCUGUCAAAUGGUUUGUAUAGAUCAGUUCACAGCUGCCAGAAGCGAGGAGCCAUUCUCAACGUUAGCUAAGACGAGGAGAUUUAACGGCAAGGUGAUGUUUGGGCGACACGUUUGCCUUUCGCCUUCUGUCGCUGAGGUACAUGAAGGUAUGGACUUGGACGAGGGAGAAAGGGUUAUGAUACAGACUGGGGAUGUCCUUGAGCCAUUUUAUGAUGAAACAUUUUGA